AGACGUGAAGGAGGGAAAGCAUAUGUUAGGUGUGGGAGCCGUGCUUCUUCAGAAAACACUGUUCGUGUUGGUGUUCUUGGAGCUAGUGGCUACACGGGUUCUGAGGUUCUUAGGCUUUUGGCGAAUCAUCCGCAAUUCGGGGUUGCUCUAUUGACUGCUGAUAGGAAAGCUGGACAGCCGAUUGCUUCCGUCUUCCCCCAUUUGGCCACACAGAAAUUGCCAGAUUUGAUUGCGGUCAAGGAUGCAGAUUUUUCUUAUGUGGAUGCUGUAUUCUGUUGUUUGCCGCAUGGAACCACUCAGGAAAUAAUUAGAGGCCUUCCCAAUCACUUGAAGAUUGUUGACCUUUCAGCAGAUUUUCGUUUACGUGAUAUAUCUGAGUAUGAAGAGUGGUAUGGCCAACCACACAGGGCACCGGAGUUGCAGAAAGAAGCUAUAUAUGGAUUAACAGAGAUUUUAAGGGAGGAAAUAAGGAAUGCACGCUUAGUUGCUAAUCCUGGUUGCUAUCCAACAUCCAUUCAAAUCCCCCUUGUCCCACUGAUAAAGGCAAAGCUUAUUGACAUAAAAAAUAUUAUUAUUGAUGCAAAAUCUGGUGUGAGUGGAGCAGGGCGUAGUGUCAAAGAAAAUUUAUUGUACACAGAAGUAGCUGAAGGUAUCAAUUCUUAUGGUGUUACCCGGCAUCGCCAUGUUCCAGAAACCGAACAAGGGCUAUCUGAUGCUGCACAUUCUAAAGUAACCAUCAGUUUUACCCCACACCUGAUGCCAAUGAUACGUGGUAUGCAAUCAACUAUUUAUGUGGAAAUGGCUCCAGGAGUAAGCACUGAGGACUUGUACCAGCAACUGAAGCGCUCUUAUGAAAAUGAAGAAUUUGCCGUUCUGUUGGGGAAUGGAGUAGUUCCCCGAACUCACAGCGUCAGAGGAACCAAUUACUGUUUAAUAAAUGUUUUUCCUGAUCGAAUUCCCGGAAGAGCAAUAAUCAUAUCUGUGAUUGAUAAUUUGGUGAAAGGAGCUUCCGGACAGGCUUUACAAAACCUUAAUUUGAUGAUGGGGUUUCCAGAAAACCUAGGGCUCCAUUACCAGUCUCUGUUUCCAUAGAUGAGAGUGGUAACCCUUCAACAAAACUACCCCUAACACUUAAACUUUUCAAGCCUGUUUUUCCUUCAUUCUCUUGUGUAAACUGCAAGUCUUCUCUUUUUCUUUUAGUAGCUUCAUCAACUUUUUCAUUUCUUAUGUGAAAUAAAAGGGUACUGAUAACUUGUUGAGGGAUGCAGUUUUUUCAGGAUGAGAUUUUGAAUAUCAAUUAAUAUUUUUGGUGGAUUA